UGCGCAUGUCAUGUCAUGCGAAGUGAAUGGAAUGUCAUGUCUCGUCCACCUGUCAAGUCAAGUGAAAUGUGACGGUGGCUCAUGUUUUGUCUUUUCUAAUUUACUUGUUGAUUUUCUUGAAUUUUAUGAAAAAUAAGUGUGAUAUAUUUUUGUCUGACUGGGCACGACUAUGUUAUAGUGUUGUGAGUGGUUAAAGAGCGGAGGAUUCGUCUUCUCGCCGCGCAAAGCGCCUUCUGUUCAGCGCUUGUGGUGCCUGUAGUGAAGAUGGAGGACGAGGUGACGUUCCUGUUCCAGCUGGGCGUGGUCCGGGACGCGGUGAGUGCGCCCGCGCACGCGCUCACGCUCGCCUACCUCAAGGAGUUGGCGGUCAAGUUCGUUCAUGAAAAGAUCCCAGACAACGGCUUGAAUAGACUGUCAGAGCGGAUCCUGCUGUUCCGCCACGACUACUGCUCGCCGAAUGUGCUGCAGAUCAUCAACAGCGCCACCGACGUCGGCGACGAGACCCUGGUCGAGAUCGUCCUCAUUGCCAACCCGUUGGUAUGUGACGGCGGCCUGGAGACGCCGGUGCCCCGGCCACACGCUCUCGCCGUUCACUCGUACAAGACUCCCACGUUCUGCGAUUUCUGCGGGGAAAUGCUGUUUGGGCUGGUCCGGCAAGGGCUCAAAUGUGAAGGUUGCGGCCAAAACUAUCACAAGCGCUGCGCCGUCAAAGUCCCGUCAAACUGCUCGGCGCCGCCCCCAGCCGCCGGAGUCCGGCGCACGUCCGCGGCGCCGCGGAGCCCGUCUCGCAGUUCCACACACAGCCACGCCUCGCACGACGACUCGCUGAUGAGCGGGUCGGUGGGCAAGCGCAGCUGCUCCCCGUCCGCGCCCACGCCGCCGCUGUCCCAGGGCUGGGGCUCCCUCGGGCACUCCUCGCUGGGGAUACCGCACACGUUUGAAGUGCACUCGUAUACCAGGCCCACUGUAUGCAGGCAUUGCAAGAAACUGCUUCGAGGUCUGUUCAAACAAGGCAUGCAGUGCAAGGACUGCCACUACAACGCACACAGGAAGUGCUUGCAGUUCGUGCCCAAGGACUGCGGUGGGGAGAUUCGAGACCCACACGGCGAAUACCAGGACAGCAUAAGCACAGGCAGCGAAAUAUCGGAAAGCGCGCGUCUCCCGGACGAGGAGUCAGACGAUGGCGACGCGGCGUCCGGGGGGCGGGACGAGGACGUCACGCUGCGGAGACAGGACGAUGACGUCACGCUGCGGAGACACGUCGAGGACGAACCGCAGAGGGACACCGCGCCGGAGCCCAGUAGAGCCAGCAGCUCGUCAUCAUCACCCAGCGCCAACAUUCCGCUGAUGAGGAUCGUGCAGUCGGUGAAGCAUACCAAGAAGCGGGAGGGACAGUGGCUCAAGGAGGGCUGGCUGGUGCAUUUCACCAAUAAGGAUAAAACUAUAAAACGUCACUACUGGCGGCUGGACAGCAAGUCCAUCACACUGUUCACGUCGGAACAAGGCAGCAAGUACUACAAGGAGAUACCUCUCAACGAGAUCCUGGCUGUGGACAGCGCCAGGCAGCCUCAUUCUGACGUGAUGCACUGCUUCGAGCUGCGCACCGCGAACGUGGACUACAUGGUGGGCGUGGACCCGGGCAGCGCGCCGCUGCCGCCGCCCGAGUCCGGCGUGGGCGCCUACCUCGCGCGCAGCUGGGAGACGGCGCUGCGGCACGCGCUGCUGCCCGUCACGCACGCAACAAACGCGUCCGCCAACGAAUCGGAGCCAGGCUCAGAAGGCAACGCCGCCGAUGCGGAGAACGGACAACGCCGGGACACUGACAUGGCGCAAGUGUACCACAUCCACCCGGACGAGGUGCUCGGCUCCGGGCAGUUCGGGGUCGUGUACGGCGGCCUGCACAGACGGACGCACAGACCUGUUGCUAUUAAGGUGAUCGACAAACUCCGUUUCCCGACCAAGCAAGAAGCUCAGCUGAAGAACGAAGUAGCUAUCCUUCAGAACCUCUCACACCCUGGUGUUGUGAACCUGGAGAGAAUGUUCGAGACGCCCGAGCGGAUCUUCGUGGUGAUGGAGAAGCUGAAGGGCGACAUGCUGGAGAUGAUCCUGUCUCAUGAAAAGGGAAGGCUCAGCGAGAGGACAACCAAGUUUCUGGUGGCUCAGAUACUGGUUGCCCUAAAACACCUCCACGAGAAGAACAUUGUCCACUGCGACCUCAAACCUGAGAACGUGCUCCUGACCUCCGACGAGGAACUGCCUCAGGUCAAGCUAUGUGACUUCGGCUUCGCCAGGAUCAUCGGAGAGAAGUCCUUCAGGAGAUCCGUGGUUGGAACUCCCGCUUACCUUGCUCCCGAGGUACUCCGCAACAAAGGCUACAACCGCUCCCUGGACAUGUGGUCGGUGGGGGUGAUCGUGUACGUGUCGCUCAGCGGCACCUUCCCCUUCAAUGAGGACGAGGAUAUCAACGAGCAGAUUCAGAACGCCGCCUUCAUGUACCCCCCGACGCCGUGGAGGGAAGUCUCGGAGGAGGCGAUCGACCUAAUCAACAACCUGCUCCAAGUGAAGCAGCGCAAGCGGCUGUCCGUGGACAAGUCGGUGGCGCACGCGUGGCUGCAGACGCGCGAGGCGUGGGAGGACCUGCGGGCGCUGGAGCACCGCGUGGGGCGCCGCUACCUCACGCACGCCAGCGACGACGCGCGCUGGGGCCGCAACGGGCACGCGGGCGGCGCUCGCUGACUGUACGUCAAAGGCGGCGCCGCGCUACUCGCUGCGCUGGAAGAAGCUACUAGUUAUGGUGCGCUAAACAGACACACACACAAACAUCACACAUUGAUAAUUUUUUUCAGUAACAACAGACUUGUACGAGUAUCAGUAAUUUUUUUUAUUACUUCUUGCUGCAUUUGUAUAUUUCUUAUGUCGUAUUAUGCGCAAGCGCCUAUUUAUUUAUUUUUCUUCUCCCAUUUGAGAAGAAAUUUCUUAAGUUUGUGUCAUCUCAUGUUUUCUUUAAAAUGUUACUUCUAGUAAUGAGAAUAUUUUGAUCUAUGAACAAUAUUAAUAAUUUCUAGAUUUUAAUAAUGACAUGCCCAUCCUUACCGUUUUACGAUAAUUCGGCGAAAAAUAUGGCAUAGGCCAUUUUACCGCAGUUUUUUUUAAACAAUUUUAUCUACUAUUUUUUUUUUUUUAUUUAAAUAAUUUUGCCACUACUCGGCCUUAUUUUUCAAGCAUUUAAGUCAAUGCAUUUAUACAUCGCCAUUUUGUUUUAUAAUAUUCCCGCGCAUUCGAAGCGGCUGUGUAAAAUGGUAGCUAUAAUAACAUUCCUAGCUUAGCGGAUGUUUCUAUUUUAGAUUAUUUUCUAUUUUGUUGUAAGAUUUUAAUUUAUUUAAACAAGAACGGAAUUUAUUUUAUGUCCAGUUGACAGGAGAUUAGCACUAUGUGCUUAGUGCCAUAAUUUUCAAAGUUGACAGUCAAUAGACUAAAUAAGUGAAGACUUAUUUGGUUGAGCUAUGGAUUUUAUGAAGAACACAUAACUUAAUGUUAUGUAAAAGAAAGUUAUAUUAGGCCAACAUGUACAUUUUUAGAUUUCAGUAUAAAUAAUAUUUAUAUUGAUACGAACGCACAAGUAUAAACUGCUAUUGCUAUGUAACACUAAGCGCUUAGUGCUAACCUCAUUUAAACCUGGCAUUAUGUUAAGUUUGUACGUAAUUAACGCCGUGUUGUAUGGUAUGUGUGAUAUCAACAAUAUUUGUUUAUACUUUUAUUUUUUAGUCUUCUAGUCUUUUAUAACUGUAUAUUGACCUAUUAACAGACAUUUUUAUGUGUUAAUAGGUCAAUAUACAGUAUUAAAGUAAAUAUUUCUAGGCUUUCUCCUGUUAGUAAAGUCGCGGAGGUCAGACGAGAGUCACUUCAAGAAAUAACCUGACCUACUCCUUGAUCGUGGUCACAGGCAGACCCCAUGAGAUAUUAUGAGAAAUGCAGUUUAUGUAUUUUCGAUUUAACUGUUACUAAUGUACUUUAAUUUUACACGACGUUGGUUAUAAAUAAUAAAUGUUUAUUCGUCACAUUUUUUUAUAAACAUGAUAUUUGUUUAAUAUAUUUACACAGUAAAAUUAAAUAUUUUUUAUUAUUUUUCAUGAAUAUUACUUAGAUUAUUAGCAUUUCUUUACACUUUUUUGUUAAAAAUAUCGUUUUAAACCUAGGUAAGGAUUGAAAAAUUAAGAAUUUGAACUAUUCAAGAACAAAAUGUACAGUGGGUUACAUAGAAAAGUAAACUAUCAGUUUUUGCUAAUAUGUUAAGGUUGUAUACUUGUCUGUGCAGUCCAUUGUACCUCGGUGUGAACCGAGACUUGCUAUUUACGGCCUAAAUAGACUUAUAAAGUAACUUGUAAGUUAUUAUAUAAUAUUAGUCAAUGUAUGUAAAUCACAGCGGGCGUCCGGGAAAUUGUGACAAUGAAAUCGAAGAAUCGUCUGUACAUACAUACAGAGAUAUUUACUGCCUAUCCCCUCGGGCAGGAAUGUUAUAGCAGGUCAUAUAGGACUAAAUGAGUUUACAAAUCUUCCAAAACCCAAUAAAUUAAAUGAAAAUACAGUCCACAUUAUGAAACACCAAUUAUUUUAAGUGCUUCCAAUGUUUGCGGGUUUGUUACCAUGUUAAUUGUAAUAAUAAAUAAAAAAACAGUUAAAUCUCCUUACGCCUAAACGCUGUUCCAAGUUAUAUGAUAUUUUAAUAUAUCAAUGUUGAUACAAUUUGGUAGUGAUGUGAUUGGGAGGUUCAAUCAUUCAAAGGAAUUGUGUUAGUGAUAUCAUUUCAUCCCUUAUUUCCCUGUGGCGCAGCGGUAGUGAGCUUGUUGUGAGGUUCGAAUCCCAACCAGGGCAUGAUGAGAAACAAACUUUCUCUGAUUGUACUGGGUGAUGGAUGAAUUUAUUAUAAAAUAUAGUACUUAUCGUUGAGUUAGUAUCUCGUAACACAAGUCUCGAACUCACUUCGAGGCUAACUUAAUCUGUGUAAUCUGUCCCGCAUAGGUAUAUAUAUUAUAUUUAUUAAAAUUUUCACAUCCAAGAUAAUCUCACACCGUGACUGAAAAAGCUAUAUGAUCCACACGCAGAUAAAAUACUUGAAGCAACAAACUGUUCUUUCACUCAUUUCUGUCAUUUUAUCAUCAAUAUCAGUUAAUUUCCAUCGCUAAAUACAACAGCCCCCGCAGCGUGGCACGCGCGACGCCGAUAUUAUCGCGCUCUCCCGAUUCACGUCAUAAUAAAAAGCGAAACAGCGCUACCAGCGAUAUCUGGAGCUAACAUUUUUUAUAUCUUUCCCAUUUCUUUCCCAUGGAUGUCGUAAAAGGCGACUAAGGGAUUCACGGAUUCAAGGAUAGGGGACUCAAACUUGGGAUUCUUUUUAAGGCGAUAGGCUAGCAACCUGUCACUAUUCGAAUCUCAAUUCUAUCAUUAAGCCCCAUAGCUGAACGUGGCCAUUCAGUCUUUUCCAGACUGUUGGCUCUGUCUACCCCGCAAGGGAUAUAGACGUGACCAUAUGUAUGUAUGUAAUUUUUUUUAAAUACACUACUGAACUUGAUUUCUUUCUGCGCCUAAUUUAGUCGUUAAAGACUUUAAAGGUCUCCCAAUGAUAUCACUCCACAAUUUUGACUUCUCACGCAUGUAAAUCGCUAUAUUUAGUCCGGAAAGUUAGAAUAUAGCAUGUCCGCAGUCUGCCAAUGUAUUUCAAACGGUGCCAAUGUACAGUGUCACAAAUAUAUACAUUAUUUACACUUUGACAUACAUAUAAGAUUGUUUUAAAGAGGUAGAUCCUACUACCAUUAAAUGUAGAAAUUUUAUUUAUUGAGACGUAAUUUUUAUCUUAUACUGUCCCACAAUAGUGUUGCCAAGUCACCAUACGUGUUGGACGGACCUGCAAGUUUAGCUUAUAUAUGGGUAAACACAUAACACAUCCUUCGCGUCGCGCAGUCGGGUAAAAAUACGGAUCAUUCUGGUAUUUAAAAAGUGCAAAAUUGGAAGAAACCCUUAUAAAUUUGUAGACAGUAAUGGGAGGUAAAAUAACCAUUUAAUAUGUAGGUCUAAUACCUUUAAAAAUUUUAUGAUAGAUAUAAUUAAUGCUAAGUAUAUUUGUUACUGGUUUUAAAGGUAUAUGCAAUGGGACCUAAUUUAUAAAUGUAUACGGUCUAAAUUUCAAUACAGUUUCUUCAUGUGUGCUUAUUUUCUCUAAAUCUUCUGAGGAAAAUCGUAAUAAAUCUUCCAUCACACCUUGUGGAGGCAAUGUGCCCAGGACACUGGCAGCUUUUCUUAAUGGUUUAACGAGGUUAAAAUAAUAAAUUAAAAAGCUGUCUUGACUUCGCCUUGUUACUUCCAUGAGUUACUUUGUCUUUACAAUAAAGUAAAUAGCAUUUUAUAAAUUGCAGCCCUUCAACACUCGGUCGUGUUCUGCUAAGGUAAUUAAUAUUGAUAAUACCAAUUAAUAUUAUGAAUAAGAAUGUUUGUAUUACAAACCUCUUUACAUAUAACCUAACUGAUUUUCUCCAAAUUUCGUCUGCAUGUAUGUAACAGGCGCACACACAAUGAGAAUCGGGCGCAGAAGAAUAUUUUCUUAGACAAAUCACAUAAGCCGAGUAUUAAGGGCGCUCUUUGAACAUAAUAAUUAUUAGUCAUCAUUUUAUUAAUUUCAUUUUCAUUCCAGUAAUGAGUUGAAACUUGGUUAACUGUGAUUUUGUAUUAUAUUUUUUUAUCGUUUACAAUGCAACCUUCCUUUCUCUGUGAUCUAUAAACUUAUUCACAAUAUUUCGAUUGUAUUUAUGUGUAAGCAUUUUAUCUGACAAUUAGAAUAUAGUAUUAAGUAUAUUUAGAUGUUUAUGUACUUUUUAAUGUACUCUACGUAGAGUAAUGGUAUUCAUUUUAUUAAUCUUAUACAUAUUGUGUCACACAUGUUUAUGAACAGUAGCCUAUUAAGAAUAAGGUAAUGUGGCUACAAUACGAAGGUAUACUUUUUUCUGUAGACCACUGUACAAUUAACAUGUAAACUAAAUAAGAUACAUCGUUUGAUUGUUUGAAGUAAUGAAGUGUUGUUUGAUAAAAUGAAUACCAAUACCGCGAAUUUACAAUUUUAAUUGUUUUAAACUAUACUAAUAUACAAAUAAUGUGUAAUGUUGUAUGUCAAUUCCGGUUGUACCUAAGAGACUUAGAACAGGAAGUUUAAACAUCACAAAUAAACUUAUAUAAAUCUUUUUCGUAAUAUAGUAAAGGUGCGAACACAUUGACCCGACAAGAAGCGACAUAGAUUGCCAAAUUCUAUAUACCUAGGCCUAUUAAUUUAUCAAAAAAAGUGAUUAAAAUUUAAAAAAAAAAUUUAAGUAUAUUUAGUAAUAAUAAAUAAGUUAACUAACUUGAUUUGUUUACUUUACAUAGUUACAAUUACUAAAUAAGAUGGCGGAACGCCAGAAGUAUCUAUUACCGAAUUAAAUUUGAUAUAAUUCGUUUAAUUGGCGGUGUAACUAAAAAUUAGUUUUUAUUACUUUACACUUCGCAUAAAACCUUAUUAAAUCUUGUUUCCAUACGUACAAAUUAUGUACGGAGCCAAAUCUAGUUGAUAUUGGACAUCGCGUCGAGUGAUGUCGCACAAUGCGUUUGGACCUUUAUUAUUUUCGAUUUUAAUUAUACAAAUAGCCUAGUUUUUAAUGUGGUAGGUCUCUCUAGCUUUAAUUUGCUUUUUAUAGUAUUAUUAUUGUAUAUCAUUUCGUCUCAUUUCACAUUUGAAUGAAUGCCUAUACUCUUCGUGUCUAAAUAAACUUGCUGUUCUUGAAAAUCUUGUCGUUAUACUGAUGUAUGUUUUUAAUUUUAGUGAUUUUAUACUAAGCAUAAUACAAUGUUUGUGAUUUUGAAGGCAUUCUAUACUAGUUAGUCGUAUUACAAAUAGUCUAGACUUUUAUGUAUCAGACAAAAAAAGAAAUAUAAUUGUAAACAAAUCAUUUUAGAUAGGACUUUCAAGUUGCGCUCAAAGUAAAUUACCACUUUUCUAUGUUCUUAUGGCUGACUAGUCUAGAUUGUAGAAUUAAUGCCACUGCACAAUAAAAAGUGAGAUUAAAUCGUGCAGUAAUGUUGCCUAAACUCUAGUGCAUAAUAUUUGGACCAAACCGAAUAUGUGAACCUAGACAUUAAUAUUAACAUGUUAUAAGUUUACAAUUUUAUGAGAGAAACUUACAUGAAACUUAAAGGCAUGUUUGUAUUUAUUUUAUAUUCCGUAAAUUUUUGGGGCGAUCAAAAAUAAAGAUAGUGCACCCUACUCAUAUUAUUAAAUUGGUUUUGGUAAAUAGUAUCAAAAGAAAAAAAAAAUGAAAUAACGAUCUAACGUUUUUUUAAACAUUACAUUUGCGUAAAGCUCGCGUGCAUUAAGUCCACCUCAAGUGAAUUAAAGUGAAGUUCACCUUAGUUCGACUGCAUUAAGUCCACUAUUAAUGACCGGAGAAGUGUACUUAAAAUAUAUGGUGGUAUUAACUGGAUGGGUUUAAAUGGAAAGGUUCAGAAACAAACUUUUGUAUCAUUCAUGUUUUAAUUAAAAUAUUGACGCCUAAAUAUGCGAAUAGCGAAUUAUAACUCACGACCCCAUUUUGAUGUUAUAGGUUAAGCAGUUAUAUUUGUAAAGAGAUCAAUUUACAAUUAUGUUACUAUUAAUUAUUAUUUAUAUGUAAUAAAUGCC